AUGAAACUAAAACUCAUUAAAAAGCGAGUAAUCCGUAAACCAGUGGUUAAAGUCAUUAAAUCAGACCUUAAGAAGACUUCACACAAGACUAACACUAAAACAAAUGCCAAACAAAUGAAUGACAACAACGAAGACAUGAGUGAAGAGUCGGACGAGAGUUCUGACGAAGAAUUGGGCGAAGAAUCAGAUAAUAGUUAUGUCGAAACGAAGACAUAUAAACCGACCAAAAAAUACAAAUGGGCUAAAAGUGGUUUAAAAUCGAGUCCUCUUCUGAUUCCAGAUUCCAAUGAAAGACAGAAAAUGUUUGAUUUGAACACAAAUUCAUACAAAUGUCCGAAAAUUGAAUGUCAGAAGACUUUUGAAACGGACGCCGGAUUUCGUAGCCAUUUGAAUAGUCAUCUGUUUAAAUGUGGAUACAAUGGAUGUGAUAAAGAGUAUGGAAAUAGAGUUCACUUGAGAAAACAUGAAAUGACCGCACAUUCAAGUGAUAAACCAUUUAAAUGUGAUUUCAAUGGCUGUCAAUAUGAAAGCCGAUCCACAGAACUCUUGCGUAAUCACAUCCAGACUCACAACACAAACAAAUUUGUUUGCGAUUACGCGGGUUGUGAGAAGUCAUUCAGGAGUUGCGGAGGUCUGGAUGAUCACCGGCGCAGACACGCCAUUGAACCCACAUAUAAGUGCACUACUGAUGGAUGCGACGAGAAGUUUGUCAGUAAAUUCCAACGCCGUAAACACGAGGUCGCAGUUCAUAGCCGUAAGCCAUUUGUUAAAGCCAUACGUCGGUGCGAUUGGCCGGGAUGUGAUUAUGAGGGUAAAUAUCUACAUAAACACAUUCUGCAACACACGGGUGAGAAGCGAUUCCAGUGUUUAUGGCCAGAGUGUGGCAAACGGUUCGGUCGUAUCGACAAUUUUAAAUACCACAUGAAUAUUCAUAAUAACGUUAAGCCGUAUGUGUGCUGUUGGCCCGGAUGUACACACAGUUACGCACAAUUAGGCAAUCUUACGGCACACGUCAAGAGAUUUCACACCAAAUAA